AUGAAUUUCCUUCUUUUUUCUAAUUUAGUUCUAAUUGUUUUUUCUAUAGACAAAUGUCUAGAAUAUCGAACUUAUGCAGAUUGUAUUUUGAGUACUGAUAGCUAAUGUAUUUGAAUUUUAAAAAAUAAUAUAGGUUAUUGGAAUUAGGAGUAUUGUGAAUUCACCAAAAACUUAUAACUUGGGUGUUCAAGGUUUUUAAACAAAAUGGCAUGCGUAAAAUAAUUAUCCAAUACUUUGAACGAGAAAGCCAGAUGUAUAUUAAUAUAAAAUAAAUUAGGUAUCUUUAACAAUGUUUGUCAACCAGUUAUUGAACCAUCAGUAUUAACUUGUAAUGAUGCCAUAACUAAACAUGCUUGUUUAGAUAUAACUAAUAUUGAUCAAUUAUGUUUUUGGGAUGCAUUAACAUAUUAAUGUAAAACAGCCUCUUAAGAGAGUUAUUAGGAUGAUUUUUAAGAUGUUUUAUAUAGUGCAUCUGUUUGUAGUAGAAUUGAGAGUAAUUAAUAAAGAAAAUUAUUUAGACUACUUAAUAAUUCAUAGUUCUAUAAUUUGGGAUGUAAUUUCAUAUAAACCUGAUUUUGUAUAGGAAUCUGAGGAUAUUUAUAAUUUUGAUUUAGGAUUGGGUAAGAAAGAUUCUGAUACUAAUUAUGAAACAGGUUCAUUAGCAAAUAAUUAUGUUUAUACUGUUUGUGAUGCACCAAAUUAAGUAUCUUAUUUUUAAUGGUAUAUAUUAAAUGAUCUUCAAGGUUAACAGAUUAAAAAUUGUAAAAUUGUUUAAAUAAUUUAAUAGUAAAAAUAAGUGAUAGAAAACGAGAAGGAUGUAUUGCAAUAUAAAUAGCUGAUGAUGAUGAUUAUAAUUUAAUAUUUUCAAAAACAAAGGAAUCUAUUGGAGUAAAUAAAAUUUAUUGCAGAUAUUAAGGAGGUAUCUUUAUAAAUCAUCGAUGUGUUUAUUAUGAUGAUGUAACUAUUCUAACAAAUCCUUCAUUUUUACAAGAAUAUAAAAUAGAUUGUUAUCAAUUGAAUUUAUAAGAAUGUGCUAUUGUUAAUUUAAAUUGCUAUCCAGUUAUUAAACAUGGUUAAAACGAACAAUUAGUUACAUGUGUUGCUUCUUAAAAUUAAUUAAUUUAUGCUUAAGGAUGUUUAUCAAAUGUUUAAGUUUAUUAAACCUAUAAAGAUUGUAUCUUAAAUUCAAAUCAAAUGAUUGGAGUCUAUUUAGAUUUUGAUGAAUCUCCUCCAAUAUGUAGUUCAAAAUGUUUUGUACCUUAAUAAAGUGAUUGUGAUCUCUCAUAUUGUAAUUGGAUCAAUGAAGGAUAAUAAUUUCAUGGAUGUAUUCCUAAAUAUGGUUGUAAUCAUCCAGGUUUGAAUUAAUAAUAUUGUUAAAAUAUGGCUUAACUAUGUUAAUGGGAUUCGAUAGAGAGUCGUUGUUAUUAGAUAAAAUAUUAUUAACUUUUCAAUCUAAAAUGUUCAGAAGCUACUUCUAAAUAUUUAUGUGGAAACAUUAAAACAUUUGGAUAAGAAUGCAUUUGGAUUGAUGAAGAUAAAAGUUGUCUAAAUAUAUUAACUAUUCCAACAUUAAAAGUUUUUGAAUCUUUUCCUACAAAAUAUGUUGUGAAUAGAGAACUUUGUAUGAAUUCAAAAGGAAAACAUAUAUAUAAGAAUUAUAUUUGUACUAAUGAUUAAAGUCCUAUUAGUUGUGAAAAUGAAGAUCCAGGAAAUUUUGGUAAAGAAUUAUGUUUAAUAACUUAAAAAUGUUAUUGGAAUAUUUAAAUGUAAAGAUGUGAAAAGGCAGUUAUAAAAUCUUCUUGCAAUUAGAUGUAGAGUGUUUCUCCUGAUUGUUGUUCUUAAUUUAAUGAUUGCAUUUAUGAUGUAUCUAUAGCUAGUUGUGUAUCACUAACCUCAUCAAUUUUUUGUACAACUCCUGGAAUUUCAAAAAGUGCAUGUUUAGCUUUAGAAGAUUAAAAAUGUUAAUGGCUUGGAUCUAAAUGUGUUGAAGUGCUUCUAUUUAGAGAACCUUGUCAAUCAUAUAAAUCUGUUACAAAAUCUGUGUGUAUUUCAUAAGAAACUAAUUAAUGUAGAUAUAAUGAUUAAAAUUGUGAGUUAGUUGAAACUUAACCUAAUAAUUGUUCAGAUUUAUUUAAUAAAUACGCUUGUCAGGCAAGUAAAAGUAGCUGCUAUUUUACCAGUAAAUGCAGAUAAUUUUAAUAAUAAAAUUAAAAAUGUGAAGGUUACUAUCUCAGUAAAUCUGCAUGCUUAAGUCUUAUGACACCAGGAGAAUAAUGUAUUUGGAAGAAUAAUCAAUGUAUGUACAUUAAAGAAAGGAUGAAUUGCUUAGAAUCACAACCAAUUAAUAUGUGGGGUUGUGUUGGCAUAGCAGCUGAAAUUUCAGGUUAUCUAAGUCCAUAAUAUUAUUGUGAAUAUAAUUCAAUAUCUUCAGCUUGUUAAUCUUCAGUAUCAACUAUAACAGGCUGUAAGUUAGAUUACAAUAUCAAUAUUCAUAGAUGUAGUGCUUAUACUACUGGUACAUGUAUCUAUAAAGAUUUAUAAUGCAUCUCUAUAGAUCUAACUCAUAAAUAUUGGAAUUUUUAACUUGGUACAAUUAAUUGUGAGUAAGCUAAUUUUUAAACUUGUAAACAUGUCAGAGGAAAAGUUUGUUAGUAGAUCAAUUAAGUUUGGAACUCCUACAAUGAUGUACGUUGUGGUGAAGUUAUUACAGCUUAUGUUCCAUGUGGUAAUAUUGUUGGCGAUUACACCUAUAACUAUAAUUUUUUUUAAAAUAUAGAAACUUAAUUUAAUCCUUAAGUUUGUGCUUAAAUUUAUGGUAAGACUAUUUAUCCAUGCCUUUAUGAUUAAAAUUUACAAAAAUGUGUUUUGGCACUAGCAACUGCUCGUUUUGCAUGUAAUGCAUUAGGAAUCAAUAAAUGGGUAUGUCUAAGUUAAACAUAUGGAUAAUGUGCAUUUGUAAAUUAUGUCUGUGUUGAUGCUACAUUACGAAAUGAAAGUUGUAGUAAUUUAAAUAAAUGGGCUUGCCUAAAUUCAAGUAGAAAUUGUGUAUAAUAAUUUAUCAAAGAAGAUAAUGUUUGCUAAGACAGAAGAAUAGAUUUGACUCUUUCAUGUGCUAAUUAAGAUUAUUAAAGUUGUUCAUUAUUGGAUAAUUGUUAUGCUAAUUAAUUUAGUUGUUAUAGCUUAUUACCCUCAUAGAUUUCACCUACAAGUUGUAAUAGUCCACAAAUUGGUAAAGCAGUAUGUUUACAAGCUAAUAUGAAUUGUUAAUUCUUCAAUUCCAAGUGUUAAACAAUAUCAAAAGAUAAAUGUGAAUAUUAGUUGACUUAAGAGUAAUGCGCAAAUAAUUUAUAUUUUAAAUGUGUUUUUAAAAAUAAUAAAUGCUACACAUAAAAUAUACUCACUAAAUGUGAUAUUUAUGAAUCAACAAAUUAUAAUUUUUGUAGAUAAUUUCAAAAUUGUAAAUAUGACUUUGAUUAAAUGAAUUGUGUUGAUUUAACAUUAAUUAAAGGUAUUUAGAAUAAUUAAAUUAAAUAUGAUUCAAUAAAUUGUAAUGUAUUUUUAAAUUAAUUUGAUUGUUUAAAUUAAUGGUAAGUAAUAUGUAGUUAUAAUUAAAAUUUAGGAUGUUAAAAUACAAAUAAUAAUCCAAGUUAAUGUCCACAUUUAAUGUAAUAUAGUAAAAUGAUGUGUUAAAAAUAUGAAAAUUGUGAUUUUUAAUUUGGAUAUUUUUGUAUUGAUAAAACAUAAAGUUUAAGUUGUUCUGGAUUAUCUAAUUAAUUAUGUUUAUAAGAUAUUUCAGAUUCAUUAGCUUGUUAUUGGGAUGGUACUAAUUGUUAAGAUGUAACAACUUAAAUUUGUUAAGAUGUUUAAUCUUAUACAAUCAAUUAUUCUGGAUGUACUAAAAUAAGCAAUUAAGAUAAUUAAAAAUGUAUGUAUUAAUAAUCAACUUCUAAAUGUAAAAUAUUAAAAGAAAUUAAUAAUUGUUCUGAUUUUACUACUAAUAUUGAAUGUGCUAUUAGAGCUAAUGUUUCUUGUUUAUUAGGAAAUCCUAAUGAUCCAACUACUACUUGUACUUCUUCAAGUGUUUUUAAUGCAAAUUUAAAUCUAUAUGGAUGUACUUAAUUAACAGGAAAUAUCUAUUAUUAUGAUAUUUAUAAUUAUAAAUGUGGAUUACUUAAUACGGCAAAUUAUGUAAAUGUUUAAGGAUGUCAAUAUUUAAAUAAAUAAAGUUGCAUUGUAAUAACAAGUGAUAUCUUAACUAUAAAUUGUGGAUGGAUAGAUAAUUAAUGUUAAUAAUUAAUAGAUCUUACAAAUUUAAAUGAUUGUAGUUUAUUAAAUAAAUAUGCUUGUAUUAAUAUUGAAAAUUCAAAUCUUGUUUGUGAAUGGAACGUUUUAACCAAUACUUGUUCAUAAUCAACUCAAACUAGUUGUUAUGUUCCUGCAUCAAUUCCAGCAAAUCCUUCAGUUUUAUAUUCAUUAAGUUUAUGUAGUAAGGGAAGUAAUGCAAAUGCUUGUAUGGCUAAUUCAUCAAAUACAGGAUGUAUUACAUUUAGUUAUACAAUUGAAAUUUGUGAAAAUAUGGGAUUAAAUAAAAAAGCUUGUUUAGAAUAAACAACAGGAUAUUGUAAAUGGUAAAAUAAUCAAUGUUAAAAUUCUUAAUUAGAUAAUUUGAAUUGUAAUUCUGAAAUAAAUAAAAAUACUUGUUUGGCUAUUAAUGAUAAUUUAUGUUAAUGGAAUGAUACAACUAAAACAUGUUCUAUUAAACCAUUAAAUUAAUGUUCUGAUGCUAUUAAUUAUAAUUAAUGUAUGAAUGUACCAAAUUAAUUUUGUGAAUUUACUGAUUUUAAAUGUAAUUCGCUUGUUUUAGUUUAACCAAUUUGUAAAACUGGGUAUAAUAAAUUUGCGUGCAAAAGUGUUAAAGGUGUAACAUGUUAAUUUAAAGAUUAACAGUGUACUGUCCUAUUUUAUAUUGAUUCUUGGCAAAGAUGUUCAAAUUAUGAUACUUAAAAUAGUUGUGAAUCAAACAAUUGCGAAUGGUAAAAUUUAAAAUGCAUUUCAUUAACAAUAUGUAAUAAUGCUUCUUCCUAAAAAAAGGUUGAAUAUUUACCAUAUAAGUUGAAUCCCUGUGUUAAUUAUUAACCUUAAGCUUGCAUUUAAAUUUUUAAUAAAUUCGGAUGCUUAAGCUCAAGCUUAUAUUGUUAAUGGGAUGAUAAUUUGGGAUGUUCUUCUUAUAUCACACAUUUAUAAGAAAUUCAAUGUUUAGAAACGUUGAAAGUAAAUAAGAACGUUUGUAUUAAGUUUGCUCCUAAAUUUUGUGAAUUCAAAGAUGAUAGUUGUUCAUAUCGUAUUACUGAAUAAUAUUUUAUUUAACAUCCUUAACAAACACUAGCAAGUACAGAAAUAAAUCAUUAAGUGGAGGAUCAAAUUUGUGAUUUUUAUGCUACAUAAUAAGAUUGCAUUUUAUCAACUGCUUAUGAAUGUUAUUGGAAUGGAUUCUGUAUUUAAGUAACUAAUGAAAAAAAUUUAGAUCCUCAAACUUUAAACUUAAAUAGUUGUAAAAAAUUUAAUUUACAAUGGAGAGACAGAUAAUGCUAUUAAUUCUCUACUGUAUAAAAUUUUAAUGAAUUUUUGGACAAAGAUGUAACAUCAUGCGAAACAAAGUUAAUCUCAAAAUCAACAUGCUUAAAUAUGGAAACUUAAGCUUGUUAAUAUGACAAUAAUACAUAAAAUUGUAAGAAAGUUCUUAAUUUUGAUUAACCAUGUUCCUUCUAUUUAAAUGUGAAUAAAAAAACAUGUUAAUCAUUGACAAAAUUUGCAUGCGAUUAUAAUGACAUUCAAAAAUCCUGUAUUCCUGUCCCAAGUAUUGUUACUGAUUUGAGUGGCCUUUCAAAAUAAGCUUGUCUGACACUUCCAAUUGCAGCAUAUUGGGAUGAUUUUUGUAUUUCUGUUACAAUUUUUGAAUGCAAUCAAAAAUUUUAGAGUAGUCCAGAAGCUUGUGUAGUAGCAUAAACAUCAUGUAUUUAUGAUGAAUCAAAAUAAAUGUGCAUUUCUUAAUUUAAUAUAAAUGCAGUCUUUUGUAAUACACCAGGGGUAAGUAGUGAAACUUGUACAUAAAUAAUCAAGGAGCCAUGCAUAUUUAAGUCAAAUAAAUGUUAAAGGAUACCAACAUCAUACACUUGUGAUUAAGCAAUUUUGGUAAAUGAAAUGGCUUGUGCAUCACUUACUUAAGCAUGCUCUUAUGAUUAAUUUGCAAAAAAGUGUUAAUUAGUAUCAGCUAGCUAAAAAUGUUCAACUUUAGGGCUUUCAAAAAAAGCUUGUUUUUUUAAUCCAUCCUGUUUAUUUAAUAAUGAUUUAAUAAAAUGUGAGUGUUAAAUUGUUGCUUCUCCUUAAAUUUGUAGCAAUCUUUCAUAUGAUAAUUGUUAAUCAAAUAUAAAAUGUUUUUUUGACACCAAUUAAAAAAUUUGUAGAAGAAAGUAUUGUGAAGAUUUAAAUAAAUCUGAAUGUUUUGGUUAAUUAAAUGAUAAGAUAUGCUAUUUUACUGGAUAUUCUUGUUAAUCAGCAGGAAAAUGCGAAGAUAUCUUUAAUUUAAGUAGUUCUUAAUGUGAAAAUAUUAUUUUUGAUGGAGUACCUUGUAUAGGAACAAAUAAUAGAUGCUUCACAUACAACAAUUAUAUAGAAUUUUGUUAAAAUUCUGAUUGUCAAAAUAAUUUUUGUAGUUUCAAUUAAGAGAAUUAUUGUUAAGUUAAAAAAUGUUCAUAAUUAAAUAAUUGCUAUUAAUUAGGUAAUUAAUGCUAGACUUUAUCAAAUGGAACUUGUAUAGAAAAUUAAAGUUGUUAAUUUUUAGAUUCUGGAAUUUGUGAUGGAUUAACUGUUCGUACAUCAGCCAAAUGUUAUCUUUAGAAAUAUAAUAUUUAUUUAGAUGAUGUUUUAUGCACAUCCUAAGUAUGUGCUCUUUAUGGAAUUUCAGAAUUAUGUGAUGGGAAUUAAUAUGGGGGUUACACUUGUGCAUUGGUUGACCAAAAAUGUUUGCCUUGUGAAUAAAUAAAAGAUGCUUGUUAAUGUGAUGGAAAAAUUGAAAUAUGUGUAUGGGAAUAAAAUACUUGUCGUUCAUUUUAAUGUAAAGAAUUGAAAAAAUAAGAAUCAUGUAAUGCUAUAAAUAGAUGUCUAUGGAGUCCUAAUUAAAAUUAAUGUUUAAUUCAUUGUAGUAAAAUUAUAAAUGCAGAGGAGUGCAAUUCCAGAACUGAUGAAUGCUAUUAUGAUGAGGCAAUUAAUUUAUGCAAAACAGGUGUUUAUACCUCUCCAAAUCUAAGCAUAGCUAUCGAAAUAUCUACAAUGCAUUCAAAUUUCUUGUUGUUGAUUCCAAUAUUCUUUGCUGUUGUAUUUUGA